AUGGUGACGACGGUAAACAGUUGGUGGCGGGAGAUGGCAACGGAAGUUGCAGCUGCGGCUAGCGUUCGGCGCCUGCGCGAUAGAUGCUGCGUGCUCAGCGAACUCCUGCGUCGCAACGUGGAGGUGGUGGUGCGCGAGGCGCGCGACGUGCUGGCGCUGGAGGAGGACUACGUGCGGCUGCAGGGCGGCUACGUGCGGCUGCUGUGGCGCGUGGGGCGCGCCCUGUGCCGCCUGCUGGCGGGCGACGCGCGGGCCGCCGACGUCGCCUCCGACGUGCUGGGCGCCUGGCUGCGCGCAGAGGACGCCACGCGCCGCGACAUGGCCCGCAUGAGGCUCUUCAGCCGCAGCGCGCGCGGCAUCACGGUUUCGUUGCUGGUGAAGAGAGCUGACCAAACUGCCGCACGUGUCUCAGUAGCUUUGCCUGACACAAAGCCACACAAGCGUUGCUCGAAGAGGGUGGCGUCGCUUCACGAACAGUGUCAGGCGACCGUUGUCGAUGCGAGGAGCGCCCUGCAGCUGUGCGUGUGCCCGGUGUGCGGUGCAGAUGGCGCGGACUCGCUGUCGGCGCUGUACUGCGGCGGCCCUCUGUGGACGCGCUUGACGGCCGAGGUGUGCCACCACCGCUGCCGGCCGCAGCGCCUGGCCCAGCUGCUGUCCGCGCUGCCACGCAGCCUCAAACUCAGCCUCAACCUCGAGCCGGACUCUGACCUCGACCUCAACUUGGACCAGCAGCUGGACCGCGAGCUGGGGCUGCGUCUGGCGGGUGCCACCAAGGCUGGGCUGGAGGCCCGUGGCACCAAGAGGGAGGCCUCCCCCACCAAGAAUCCAUUAAUAGGAAUGCUGGAAGAUGAAGAUGAUCUGCAACCCAUCAAGAUACCUCAACUGGAUCCAUCAUUAUUUAAGCCGCUUCCAGACUAACGCAACAUCACACAGUCUUACUGUGGUAUAAUGUAUCGAAUUUUUAAUAACUAGGCAGUGCCAUAGUCUUUUAGAAAAGUAUUUAAUUUGGAAGAAUUUAGAUAUUUUUUAGAAUUUACGGGAUUUCGCAAUUAUUGUUAGUCUCGAAAAUAUUUUUAUUCAAGCGUUUAUGUAUAUACAUAAAAUUGUUAGAAAAUUUUAUUGCCAAACAGU